AUGGAUGACCUUCGUGAAAUAAAUCUGGGUAAUGAAGGAGAAAACGAACCAACCUUCAUUAGUGCAAAUUUAAAGGAAGAAGAAGCUCGGCAAUAUAUUUCCUUUUUAGGGAAGUAUCGUGACAUAUUUGCAUGGAACUACAGUGAGAUGUCUGGUCUUAAUCGAGAGAUUGCAGUCCAUAAGCUUGCAAUUCACCCUGAGAAACGGCCAGUUAAACUGCCUCAUAAGCGAACUCGACCAGAGCUUACAGCCCAAAUUGAAGCCGAAGUCGACAAGCUUAUCAAUGUAGGAUUCAUCAAGGAAGUCAAAUAUCCAACUUGGCUAGCAAACAUAGUGCCAGUCAAGAAAAAGAAUGGUCAAAUCAGGGUUUGCAUUGAUUUCCGUGAUCUCAAUGAGGCUUGUCCUAAAGAUGACUUUCCUUUGCCCAUCACUGAACUUCUUGUAGAUGCAACUACUGGGUAUGAAACCUUGUCUUUUAUGGAUGGAUACUCAGGAUACAAUCAAAUCCGAAUGGCACCUGAAGAUGAAGAAAUGACUGCAUUCAGGACUCCGAGAGGAGUCUUUUGCUAUAAAGUAAUGCCUUUUGGCCUGAAAAAUGCUGGGGCCACGUAUCAAAGGGCGAUGACUGUAAUUUUUGGUGAUAUGCUCCAUGACACCAUCGAAUGCUAUGUUGAUGAUCUUGUCGUCAAGACAAAGGAAAAGGAAAACCAUGUAGAAGAUUUGAGAAAAAUCUUCGAACGUUUAAGGAGGUACAAACUCAAGAUGAACCCACUAAAAUGUGCAUUUGGAGUUUUAUUAGGAAAAUUUCUUGGGUUUGUGGUUCGAAACAAAUGGAUUGAAAUUGACCCUGCCAAGAUUAAAGCCAUUGCCGAAAUGUCUCCUCCACGAAAUUUAAGGGAAUUAAAGGGGCUACAAGGGAGAUUAGCCUAUAUCAGAAGAUUUAUUUCUAACUUGGCUGGUCGAUGUUUGCCAUUCUCAAGAUUGAUGAAAAAAGGUGUUCCAUUUGAAUGGGAUCAGCAGUGCCAAAAUGCUUUUAACAGUAUUAAGGAGUAUCUUUUGAAGCCUCCAGUACUCAUGAGCCCAAUAAAAAGGAAACCACUUUUGUUGUACAUAACAGCCUUGGAUGGUUCGUUAGGGGCACUGUUGGCACAACAUAAUGAGCAUGGGAAAGAAAAUGCCUUGUAUUACUUAAGUCGUACUUUGGUUGGGGCAAAAGUCAAUUACUCCCCUAUCGAAAAGACAUGUCUUGCCUUGGUGUUCGCCUUGCAAAAACUAAAGCACUAUGUCUUGGAACACGAAGUCAAGUUGAUAUCAAGAGCAGACCCCUUGAAAUAUAUACUUUCACGGCCCAUACUUUCAGGGAAAAUUGCAAAGUGGGCUGUAAUUCUCCAACAAUUCGCAAUUGAAUAUGUUCCCCAAAGAGCUGUAAAGGGGCAGGCUCUAGCAGAUUUUUUGGCAGCACAUCCUAUACCUGAUAACUCACCUCUAGUAACUGAUUUACCAGAUGAAGAGGUUAUGCAAGUAGAAAUUCAGAAAGGAUGGGAGAUGGAUUUUGAUGGAGCUUCAAGGAGUCCAGAUGGCAAGAAGCAAGAAAAUCCUAAAAACAAUAAAGCUGGAAUUGGAAUUGUGUUUGUGACUCCAGACAAUGCUAUAAUCACCCAUUCUUUCGCCUUAAGUGAAGGAUGCUCCAAUAAUGAGGCAGAAUAUGAAGCUGUAAUUGCUGGAUUAGAAUUGGCAUUACAAAUUCCUAUUGAAGAACUCUCAAUUUAUGGAGAUUCGGAACUGGUGGUAAAGCAACUCCGUGGAGAAUACAUUGUUAAGAAAACAAAUCUCAUCCCGUAUCAUGAAAGGGCUGAUCAAUUGCUUUCGCAAUUUAGGAAAACACAUAUUUUCCACGUGAAGAGAAGAAUAAAUGCUCGAGCUGAUUCACUUGCAAGUUUGGCUGCAUCACUCACCCUACCAGAUAGCAAAACAAUUACUAUCACGGUAGGUGAAAGAAGGGUAUUACAACCUUUGAAAGAAGUUUCCGACUUGGUUCCAAUCUUGGUCGUCACCAUAAAAGGAGAAAACGAGGAAGAUUGGCGGGAACCAUUCAUUGCUUACCUCCAACAUGGUAGGCUACCUGAAGAUAAAGUAAAAAGAAUUAAAGUGAGAUGUAAGGCUACCAAAUUCGUCCUGUGGAAAGAUGGAACGUUACACAAAAGGUCUUUGGAUGGAAUGUACAUGCGGUGUAUAGCCAAUGAGCGUAUUCAAGAGGUAAUGGCAGAAAUACAUGCAGACGUAUCAUGGGGUAUCAACAUUAUUGGUCCUUUUGUACCUCCAUCUUUAGCAGGAUAUCAAUACAUCCUAGCUGCAACUGACUAUUUCUCAAAAUGGGCAGAGGCCAUGGCUUUAAAGGAUAUAAAAAGCACAGUUGUCUCUGAGUUCAUCCGAACCCAUAUCAUUUACAGGUUCGGGAUUCCAGAAAGUAUCAUCAUGGAUAAUGGACAGCCAUUCAGGAGUGAUGCUUUGAACAAGUUAUUUGCCAAGUACAAAAUCAAAAACAACCAUUCAUCAAGAUAUCAUGCACCUGCCAAUGGUUUGGCAGAAGCUUUCAACAAGACAUUGUGCAAAAUUCUUAAGAAGGUGGUGGAUAAGAACAAAAAAGCUUGGCACGAAAAGUUACAAGAAGCUUUAUGGGCUUAUUGGACUUCGCACAGAACUCCUACUCAAGCAACCCCUUAUUCGUUGGUUUUUGGAGGAGAAGCAGUGUUACCACUUAAGAUUCAAAUACCAUCAUUACGAGUGGCAAUACAAGAGUCCUUAACAGAAGAUGAAAGUGCAAGAGUGAGGUUGGCUGAGCUGGAGACCCUGGAUGAAAGAAGGUUGUAUGCUCAACAGAACUUGGAAAUCUACCAACAAAGGAUGGCAAAUGCAUUCAAUAAAAGAGUGAGGCUUCGUUCCUUUAAAAAGGGAGACUUGGUACUAAUGGUUAGAACACCCAUAGUAGUCUCACGAAGAACCAAAGGAAAGCUUGAGCCCAAAUGGGAAGGACCUUAUGUGGUUGAGAAGGUUUAUUCUAAUGGGGCCUAUUUGUUGAUAACGAAAUCUAAGGUGAUAAAACAUUAG